ACGUUUUCCUCCUGCGGCUCCACGUCAUCGUCCGUUUUUUCUCUUACCUCUCCAUCCUUAAAACUGCGGCAAGUCCCCCUCUGUACUCUUUGAAACACUGCUGGCUGACUGUACAAGCACUUGGACGCGCCUGAGGAGCAUUACUCAACAUGAGGCUGGGACUCGCCGCUCUCCUGUGUUUCUUCAGCCUGUCGUGGCCGUCGGAGUGCGCGCCUCCGACCUGCUACUCCAGAGCGCUCGGCCUCAGCAAGGAAAUCAUGACUCUGCUGGAUAAAAUACACACUUACCAUCGCACGAAACCAUGUGCUGAGAUUCUGCCUACGAUCUUCCUAGAUGUGCAUAACUCAUGCGUCACUGCCAAGCUCCGUGACUUUCUGUAUGUGGUACUGAACCAUCCAAACCAGUACUGCAAGGACCGUCCCAGAAUGGUGCUGCUGAAACGUAAAAUCCAGAACUUGUACACCAUCAUCACCAGAAUUUGUUACCGGGACCUGGUGUUUUUCACAGACGACUGUGUGGCCAUUGAUACUGGACACAGCAGCCCACACUAUGCAGAGGACAGGCUGCAGCUUCUGCAAGAAGAGAGAUGAGCGACGAACAGACCACACGACACAUGUAAACUGGCCUGAUACACACAAACCAGCCUUAUAUAUGAUGAUAAAGCAUGUAGAUUACACUCCUCAGCCUGUGGUGGAUUAAAUGCACCAUAAAUCCAUCAUUUGGUUUUGGCAGUAUUCACAGUCGUGUUUCAUGUCUUACCUAGUUAAGUCUGUGUUUGCUGCAGACUCAUGUUAGUGGACAUGUGUGGUUGCAUUCCUUCAAGGAGUGCAGAACUUUCCACAGGAAAUUUGCUGAAUGCCAACCAUGCCGAUGAAAACCUUAAAAUAAUAAACCAAUAAGAGAUGCUUGUGAGCCGGGCUUAACUGCUGCUUACUUACCAGGGCUGAUCAAAGCUUCACAUGUCAUUAAGAGAAAUAUGUUCUGUUGCCAUAACCCCUGCUCUCACUAACAUCUUAAAGGAGCACUAUGCUGCAUUUUGUACACAUUCGAAGAGUUGAACAUAGUGGUUGUAAAUGUUAUGUAAGAAAUACAGUAUAUGUUUUAGAAAAGUUUUCACACUUUAUAAUGUAUAGUUCCUUCAGAAUUUCCUGCAUCUGAAAAUUAUAGAAUCUACAAAACAUGAAUAAUCUAGAGUUUAGAUUUUGUCUGAUAUGUGUAAAUCUUACAUUGUACAAUAAACCUUCUGUUUAAGGGUU